UUCCGAAGAAUUGCUUGCACUGCUCGACAGUACUGCGCCCGAAUCACUCUGUACAGGGGGGGAAAUCGUAGGCCGCCCGCGGCCCAGACCAGCCCCGAGCGGCCGGCUGUUCGGGAUCGCUGAGAAGACCACUGGCCCCGACUCAUCCCGCUCAGCCCCGACAGACCAUUCGCCUUAUGUUGCUCCCAGCGCACUCAAGGACCACAUCCCAGAAAUAAGCUAAACUGGGUUGGAACAUUAGAACAUUUGCCCAUAUUUGACCCGGCCCAGCCAACUUCUCACUACAAGGCGCGAGCCACAUCUUGUGCCCUCAAUCAUCUUCCGUCGACCCUGAACGCCCGACCCUCAACAAGGCGCGUGUUGCAACUUCUGGCCUCAACCAUCUACCCGUGUCGCUCCAUCGGUCCUCGUUCGUCGACCCUCACUCCUCAACCCUUCGCCCUGGCACGGCGGGGAAGCUUGCCGACAGAGCACAUAGACAUCACCAUGAUUCACAUGUCUCUCUUGUGUUUUACCAGGUCAACCCGGCUGAGUGCUCCUACGUUCGCAUGCGACUCUACCUGGAUGUAGCUGCACCAACUCGGCCGAUCCUGAUCGUCCAUGUUCGGGGCGCACGGCCGCUACUUGUAAAGCACGGUAAGGCAACCAUCCUCGCUCGCCGCUGGAAAGCAGCACUUCUGCAAGCCCCCCACAACGUUGCACGAUCUCCACGCGUGUACCCACAUGCAGGAGCUGUCCGACGCGAGCAUGAGACCAAUCGACAGCUCGACCACACCAGCUACGUGCAGAAGGAGCCCAUUCAUCCAGCAAGCCCCGCGAGCCACGCACCAAAUGAACCGGCACAGAAGUCUCAAACCUCGCACGAUCUUCGAUGGGCGUGGCCCUGUACAACGCCAGCGCCAACUCAUGGCGUAUCUGCAACGCCGGCGAUCUGCGCCUCAGACUUGGAACUGCCGCCUCGAAAACUGUGCACAUGAUGCAAAUACUUGGGAAAAUGGCACUGGCCAGGAGGGCAAAUGUCGACGCUCUGCCUUCACCCCUUGCUUCCACGAAAGCGCCCAGGGCGCAAGUUGCCGCUAACGAGCCAUGGACUACGAGUUCGAUCCGAUUCAGAUACGAUGCGAAGAAAGGGCCGCUGAUCAAUGUGAGAACCAUCGCCAAAGAAAGGCCCAAACCAAUGAUCAUCUGGCUCAUGCUAUCAGGCACUGACGGAACGAAUGCGAAGAGCGCAGCAUGCAAUUUGACGAACAGAUCAAAGUGGGACCAUGCAGCUGUGUAUUUCAGAACAUUGUCCAGUGAACUGAUCCAAUCCGAUUGACCCUUUAGUCGCUUCAGCCCGAGCCACAGAUGUAUUCUUACCCCGCUCUCCUCAUUUACCAUCCACUCACCCAUCGGCGACAUGUUUUCGUCCGUGUCAUGCCCUGGUGGUGCCUCCACGACGACAGAUCCUGGUCCUCCAUGAUCGUCGGUGGCGCGAGUUACAUACGCGUCCGGGUCCAUCACACCGCAUGCUCCCAGCCUCGCCUUCGAACGGCCUGCAUAACAUAUCAGUGCGGCUUCGGCCGCUACGCUGGAGCUCUCCAUCAGCGAUGGCUCCACAACGCCAUGCGAGCACAACACCCCAACCGUAUACACUGUCCGCCUGUCAUGCUUGAUGCACAGAACUUCAGUUUUUGCAGUGCGAAGUGCUGCGGUGCGCGCAGAAAAGCUAACUGACGGGACUACACCCAGAGCAACCAGCGCCGCAGCGUAUGCACCCAACAUGCAUACCCCGAACGUAGCAAAUCCAAUGUAUUCGGAGCUGUUGCAAAGGAUACUGCUGAGCGCAAACAGACGGGCCUCUCCAUCAUCGAAGUCUGCAUCACAGUGGAACAGCUUGAAAAUUUCAACCAUUGAACCGAUGAACGUCACACGGACGAUCACUGCGGUGCUUCUCGAAGACCACCGAACGGCCUUAUCCUCCACCCCGCGCGCAAAAGCGACUGCAACACCAAACGCAAUGAAGCCGAAGAUUAGGGGAGAGAGGCAGUUCACCACUAACUUACAGCGUUGAGACAACUGGAAACCAAGAAGGCAAUCGGGUCGGAGAACGUCAGUCAGUGACCGAAUAUCGAAAAAAAGAACUUGAAACAUGCUCAUGCCCUGCACGACCGAACUCUGUGACGAACUACGCCCGAUUACGGCAUAGAACUGGUAAGUUCUCACAAUUUCGAGGGCACCUUCCAUAAGAACUGGAAGUAUGCAAUCCGCUUCAUGUGGAAACAUUGCUGGUGUCCAGAGCCACGCCGAAAAUUUGGCUGAAGCGCGAACGACGAGAAGCCACCCAAGCAGUGUGAUGCCAGCCAACAUGAAAAAGCUCGAUAACGUCAGAUCUUUACAAGGCUUGCACACACCACUCGGCGUCAGGAAGUGGUGAUUUUCACAGAGGCGGCACUUUUCACCUGUAUGGCCUUCGCGGCACUGAUGCCCUGGUAGGCCACCCUCGCAGAGACCGCCCGGGUUGCAUAAGUGAAGAGUCAUGCUCCACGGUGCGCGCCAAUAUCCCGCAGGCGACCUCAGAUUGGAAAUUCCUGGAUAUUUGUUCCCAGGGGGCACUGCAACGAACGUGGGUACUCGUCAUCGAGGCACGACUUGCACAUAUAACUACUCGCACGCUGCACCAACACGUAACUGGAUGCGCAAACACACUCAUGCACGCCAGCGGAAGCCUCGCGCAAAGUAGUCAACGCCGGGUCCAAGUCCGCACAUUUCUUGCAAUAUCCGUUUUCAGAGAAAGUACCAAUGGGGCAAGCCCGGCAGCCUCGUAAGGGCGGCGAGCCCUCUUGAAAUUCAGGCUUGUCGAAACCGCUUGGACAGAAUGAUCGCACCAACGAAAGCUGUAUCCAGCCGCCCUCGUGACCAUUCGCAUCAGAGCGCCAAUACCCCGAAUUUAGAUAGAUGCCUUCAGACACUGGCCUCAGCCUAACCAAUCCCUCUUGCGAAGCAAAAGUAAUUAAUGAAAGAACCACCACCGGCCUCGUCUGGAUUAUCUUUAGCGACACUGAAACCACCACCUCCGCCUUCACAAAAGUCGCCGUUUACCCGCGACCGCCCUCCCCCACCACAAAACCCACCAGCCCUACCUGGUUCAAGAAAGCUCUGGCAAACAGCACCGCCGCCAUAACCACCAAGACUCAGGGUAACUUGUUCAUCAUGGUAAGCACGAUCAGCGCACUUCAGCUCUGCCCCGUUGAAUACCAUAUCUUGGCGUGUGUAUCUGGCAUUACUCGUGAAAAGUAGCGCGGCGUCAGCGCCAGAGCCCAUUGAGGCAUCCUCUCUGCAGCCCCCGCACGAUAAGGCACAAGCCUGCAACAAGUCAUUCACUUCUUUGCUGUCAUAACCGUCUUCUGCUGCAACCUUCGCACAAUCAUAUGGCCGCCAAUCUGAACAGGAAUAACCGUUGUGAUCUUUGAAGCCCGCGGUGUCUGAGCAACAGUGGGUCCAUGGUGUGCGACUCCCCUGACAAGUAAAACUUCCCCCGCCAGCCACGGCUAGAAGAUGGUUGUCUACCCACAUCGCUGAUGCGCCUCCGCCUCCAACCAAAUGAUUGAUUCCCAUCGGAUUUGAACCUAACCCUAUGCAAUCGAGCGAAGGCAAAGAAGAACCGUGCGCACUCCGUCCCACAAGAGCUGUGACAUUAGUGUGUUUUCGAAUGUCCAUAACUAUAUCGAAUGCAGCACCAGGCUUCCCCUCGAAGCUCUUGUCAUUCGGUGAUCCCCCUGAUGCUCCUGCCAACGUGACGUUCCAAACGCCCGGCGGUAGUAGAAACGAAAAGCGCCCAUCGUUAAAUAUUGAAAUCUCAUCCGGGAAAACAGGAUUGCUGGAACGCGCUGGUCCCCAAGAUGCCAUGUAAGCGAGAUGCGUUGCGAUAACAUUCAGUGCACCAGUUGCAAAACGGACUUCGUAAGGAAGACCUCCAUCUCCUCCAAGAACGUCUACUUGCCAUCUUCCCAGCUCUGUGCUUCUCCGAUUUGCUUCCACCUGUGGCGCAGACACUGUCAAUACCAGCCAAGAUAUCAUUUGGACCAUGUACCACAGCGUUGCUGGACCUGCUUGCAUUCCACCUCAAAAAUUAUUCAGCUGAAGUGACUCCGGAAGGUGAUGGUGAUGAUAACAAUGUUGACGCCCACGGCACUGACGCGGGCAUGGUGUUGAUGAUGAUGGCGGUGGUGCUGCCGAGGACGACCGAAAUAGCGAUCAUGGUGGUGACCAGGAUGAUGACGGCUGCUAUCAUAACAACGAUACAUAAAAACAUCACUUGCCUGCUUUCCCAAAUUGGACCCCGCCCAAGGGAUCCGCACGAAGUUUGCACCAAGGGCC